AUGGAAGCCAAAGCUGCUGCAAAACAAGCCCAACAAGAUGGAGCCAAAGCUGCAAAAAUGGCAACCUGGCAAGCUAAACGGAUCAUUGGCACGAUUAUUUCUUCCGGGUGGGAUUUCUUUGAAGCCAUUUAUUAUGGAGGAAUUGUGACUGAAAGGUUUCUUAAGGGGGAAUUGCCAAGGAACACAACUUAUCCUAGUGCCAACUUCAGCCAUGAUCAACAUUCAGAACCUCAAUCAAGAAACCAUCAAGAUGGAUUGAGUGUGGCAACUACUGGCACUGUUUCAGCAGCAGGAUAUGCAGGUUACUAUAGUAGUAGCUAUCAGCAGCAGCAACCAAAUCAAUCAUACCCUAAACAACAACCAAAUCUGUCAAGUCAAAUGUAUGUCCAACCUAGUCAAACAUAUGUUCAGCCAGCAGGAGCCUAUCAAAGUACAGGUGCUCCUCAUCAGCCUAUUUCCUCAUUUCAGAAUGCAGGGUCCUAUCCUGGGCCUGCAAUUUAUUCAACAACUUAUUACAAUCCUGGUGAUUAUCAGCCAUCUGGUGGUUACCAAACUGCAAAUUACAAUACUCAAACAAAUUCAUGGAGUCAAGGUAGCCAUCCAAGUUACGCUCAUCAAUAUCCAAAUUACACUACUGAUUCUAAUGUUGCUAUAAGAGAUCUGGUGUUGAUUGCUAGUUCGGUUUCAGAAGGGGAUUAUAGAUCCGUGAAGGAUAUCACAUACUUCGUGUUGACUGUAAUUUAUAACAAUGGAGGGAUUGAGUACAAUGGAGAUGGUGGGUGGGAAGAUGGGCAAGGAUAUGGUGGUGGAUGGGAUAACGGGCGUGGUUCUGGUGGAAGAGGGCGGAGACGAGGAAGAGGUCGUGGCGGUUACCCUGGACGUGGUGGUGGUGGUUACCGUGGUGGUGCCAAGAGAAUAAAUUCACUUCAGGGUUUUUUGAGGGCAGUGAGACUCAGGCUUGAGCAUAUUCUUGAAAGGAUAUCAUUAAUAUUUGAUGCUGGAAACAUAGAAAAACCUUCACUGAUCACAAAUACCCUAUUCAUCGGAGGCGCACUAGCUGCAAGAUCUGUAUAA